AUGGCACACGUCGGAACCCUGAAGAGGUUUGUGGAAGGCAAGGGCUUCGGCUUCAUCGAGAACUCGGAUGGCUCAGGGGAUGUCUUCGUGCACUUCUCACAGCUCACGAAUGGCGGGUCGGACGACAUGAUCGUGGGGGCCGAGAUGAGUUUCGACAUCACCGAGGAUCCCCGCAGUGGGAAGACGAAGGCGACCAAUGUGACCCUCACCAAUGGUGGGUCUGGUGAACGACUCGCAGGUUUGGGUCCCGGCUUUCCAGUGCCCGUGGAGAUCGUGCCCUUCUGCCACGAGCACACCAUGCGGCAGAUCGCGGCGCUGCCCGCGCUCGCCGGAUGUGAGCCGGUGCUAAGGUUGGGGAACGUCGCCAACAACCAGAAGGAUGGAGAUGAACCAGCCAUCACGGACAAUGGGAACUAUAUCGUGGACCUGAAGUGCUCAUGCCACGAUUGGCAGGACCCUGUGGCCGCUGGCGAACAGCUCAAGGCGACGGUGGGUGUGGUGGACCAUGGCCUCUUCACAGGCAUGACCACCGCUUGCAUUGUGGCUGGCUCUGAUGGCAUCAUCGUGAAGGCACCGCGCGUCCGAGAGGAUCGCCGUGAGCCGGCCGUGAUGGUCCACACGAUUUGGGAGCCCAACCCACGUGGUCAGCUAGGAGCUGAAGAUGGGAAGACGGACCGGACGGAGAGCCGAAGGGCGCGCUCGAGACGGGGGGUGAAAUUCAUCGUGGUGGAGUCCUGGGCACUGGGCACUCGGUAUCGAUGUGGUGGUGGUGCGAAAGCGGAAGACGACGAAAAGGGGAGGCCUAGGCACGACUCCGCAGCUGAGAUCUCGCCGGAAUGGCCAGAUCGGGCCGAGGGCAACACCUUCUGCCUGGAGGCCAGGAACCGCCCGACGUUUGUAGCCCUUCUCGCUCGGUUCAGCUACUCGGCCUCCAACCGCUUCGAACGCUCGCGUAGGAAGGAGAUUGUGCGCAUCUUGGGGCAUUUGCCGCUGAUCCGCGAGUUUCGGGACCAUCCCGGAGAGCGGCCGGAGCGCGGCGAGCGUGGUGAGCCGCUGACAGCUCGGCCACGGUCUAGCUACUCCACCCGGCCUCAGUCGAGCAGACCGGCGCGCCCGCAGUCCAGUGGAGGGAGAGCACAAAAAGGUCAUACCCCUACAGCGGCACCACACAGUGCCCGGUACGUGCCAAGGCCGCCGAUGUCGGCUCGCAAGCAGGCCUGGGAUGCUCCCAAGUCCGCACGAAGGCCUGAGAGUCGGCCGGAGGAGUCCAAGCAGCAGAUCCGCCGCCCUGCCACACCAAGAGAAGCAGCUCAAGAGGGUCGCCUUCGGUCUCCGUGUCCGGUGGCCUUCUUCGAGAAUCAGCAGGAGGUGGAGGAGCCCAAACUCCAAGCGCACGAAGAGAAGCCUCCAGUGCAGGAGGAAGCCUGGUAUCAGCAGGCCAUGAAGACGGCAGCAGCCUCGGCCAGGCUUGGAUUUGCCGCGAUGCCUCUUGAAGAUGAGGUUCCGGUCCGCCGAGACAGCGAAGAAGCCGCCGCGCGGACGCGGUACCUUCGGAAGCUGGCGGAGGUGGGCAUCGAUCCUGAGGGCAUGACCGCGGGUGACAUCCUACGGCUGCUGUAUGCCAGGGACAGCAGCACCACUUACAGACGAAUGAACAAGGAGGCUCAGAAGAAGCUACUCGUGAGGGUCAAGACGCCCUUGUGCAUGCGGACCGUGCUCAAGGAACGGGCAGUGCAGGAGGUCGUGGCCGCAAGGGACAAGCCUGCUGAGCAGGUCCACGAGUGUUUGGACCGCUGGGAGAUCGACACCUUGGCAGAGGUUUGCCGCAGCCUGAAAUACUUCGAUGAGGAAGCGGCAGGGCAGGUGUCAACGUACCUCCGAAGUUAUGGUGGCAGGCAGUACAUGGAGCCUUACAAGCGAAAAGCUUAUGUUAGACCACCGACCGCCUGA